CAUUUGAAAUGUGAUUAACAUGUCAUUGUUCGUACUUGGCCGAGCUCCAUCUCCUGUUGCUUCAAACAUUGAUAUGCUGCCUUGAGCUAGCUAACCCCAUCUUUAAAAUCAUUCUCUCUUUUCUCAUUUCCAUCAAGAUUCAAGAUCUUGACCACCACAGCACAGCCAGAUCAGAGAUUUCACGCUUACACUUCUCUCUCUCUUUUCUCUCCCUCUCACUCAAAAAAUGAAGAACAAUAACAAUAACAACACAAAGCUGAUCCUUCUUCAUCCUUACAUCCAGAAACAAGGAGGCUCCAAUCGAUUAUGGCUCCUUGCCUUUGUAUCAUUCUUCACCAUCGCUUUCCUUCUUACACUAAUCUACACGAGAGAGACUUUACCAAUAAAAACCAUCACCACCACCAUGGCCACUGGCUCCGCUUCUAGCUCCACCUUUGGCAAUAAUGCUCCACUGCCAACAACAGUCAUCAAUACUCUCCUCCACUAUGCCUCGAGAUCCAAUGACAGUUUCCAUAUGUCCCAUGCCGAAAUCAAGCCAAUAUCUGAUGUACUUAGAAAGUGUUCCUCUCCUUGUAACUUUCUUGUUUUUGGUCUAACACACGAGACACCUCUUUGGAAAGCUCUUAACCACAACGGCCGCACCGUUUUCAUCGAAGAAAAUCGCUACUACGCAGCUUAUUAUGAAGAGUUGCAUCCUGAAAUCGAUGUCUUUGAUGUCCAAUACACAACCAAGAUGAAAGAAAUGAGAGAGCUUAUUGCCUCCACCAAGGAGCAAAUAAAAAAUGAAUGCAGGCCAGUGCAGAAUUUACUCUUCUCAGAGUGUAAGCUUGGGAUUAAUGACUUGCCUAAUCAUGUUUACGAGGUUGACUGGGAUGUGAUAUUGAUCGAUGGGCCUAGAGGGGAUGGACCUGAGGGGCCGGGGAGGAUGACACCAAUCUUCACAUCUGGUGUGCUAGCUAGGAGCAAGAAGGCUAGCAAUGCCAAGACUCACAUAUUCGUGCAUGAUUACUACAGAAAUGUGGAGAGAAUUUAUGGUGAUGAGUUCUUGUGCAGAGAGAACCUGGUGGAGUCUAAUGACAUGCUAGCUCAUUUUGUGGUAGAGAAAAUGGAUGAGAAUAGCUUCCAGUUCUGUCGCAACCAUACAGCAGCUUCUUCUCCCUAAUUGUUUCGAGUAUCCUCUUGAUCAUGAUAAGGGUCUUCCCAAGGGGUCAAUGGUGGUAUAAACAAGGUAUAAAAUGUGGUUUAUUUAUGAUCAUUUCAAAUUCUUAGACCCUCCUUUUGUUCUUCCCUUUUCUCUUUUCUUUGGCUGGGGAGUGUAAAAAAUAAUUCUUUUUGGCUAUGUAAGUUGUAAUUUCACGGAAUUGAAAGUCUCAGUUGUCAAUUUUGUGUUA